AUGUACCAGCAUAACCCUAACAAUACUUUAUCUCAGAUCAGUCUGAAUAAGUAUAGACUACUUUACCAGAAAUCUCGAUUCCUCUCGACAAAACUCUUCCCCAAGAACAAACUCAUCGAGAUCAUCACUCACAGCUCCACAUUUCUACCCACAGCACAAGAAGCUACAAAAGAGUCAGAAUAA